UGCUGACUGCUGAGUUCUAACUUUAUGAAAUGCUCAAUACCUACGAUUUCUCCCUUCCUAAAACCCUAAACCCUUCUCUCUCUUGUCACCAAUGGGUCGCCCUGAAACGACUCUCUCUCUCUCUCUCUACAACUCUAACCCCAACCCGAAUUCCUUCUCCAAUAAAGUCGACGAACUUCCCCAUUCAGGCAAUAACCUCUAUCUCCCAACGAAAUGCUCCUCAUCGUCGGAAUGCCAGGGCUUUCGCCGGACGGAGCAAGAAAAAACCCGGCGGACCAUCCACGGGCCGCAUCGAAGGUAACGCUGAGCUCCGGCGAGAAGCCAAGAAGAACGCACGCCGAAAAAGCAAGAGACUCGCCGAGAACCUCUUCUACCGGCUUAAGAACCCCAAUCGCAACCAGGCCGACAGUUUCUCGGAAGAGGAGCUUCAAAUGAUCGGUUUGGGUUACGAUCGCAUGGUUCGUUUUAUGGAGAAAGACGACCCCAAUCUCCGGCACCCGUACGACUGGUACAAGUACGGUGAAUUCGGUCCCUACUCGUGGCGCGGGAUUGUCGUCGGUGAUCCAAUCCGCGGUCGGUUCUCUGACGAGUGCGUUAGUUUAAUUGGUGAAGUUCGAGACCAUGAGGAGUGGGAAAAGAUCGAACAGUUCGAAAUGGCGACGGAUUUUACUCGGAGGUUGAAGUCCAUGGAUCGAACAGUGGGGUUUAGGUAUUUCUGGGUCUUCGUUCGACAUCCCAAGUGGAGAAUUACAGAGCUACCAUGGCAGCAGUGGACUCUGGUGUCUGAGGUCGUUCUAGAGGCUGGGAAUCAACGUUUGGAUAAGUGGACCUUGAUGAGCAGACUAGGGAACAAGGCCAGAGCUCUUAUCACACAAUGCGCAGCUUGGAUGCGGCCCGACAUAAUCUACGUCAAGAGACCAGUGUAUCAGUGCAGGUUUGAACCACAAAUCGAUUUCUUCAAGGCUUUGAUGCCUCUGCUAGAUCCGGAUACUGAACAGGACUACCUGUUUGAGUUGAGACACGAAGAUGGAAGAGUUGAGCUGUGUACGUACUUUGGUGGGUUGUGUAAGAUUGUGAAAGUGAAUCCAAAGGCAUUUGUGGAUGAUGUAGUUAAAGGUUAUGAGAAGCUGAGUGAUGAAGGGAAGUCAAAGUGCUUGGAGUUCCUGUUGUCGAAUCAUCCAAUUGAGCUCUUGCAUCCGUAUACUAGGGAAUGGAAGGCAAAAUUGGAGGAGAUGGAGUUGGGGUGUGAUGCCCCAGAUGAAGAUGAUGACAAUGUGCAUGAGACUGAGAUCACAGAUUGGAUUGAAGAAGAAGAAGAAGAAGAAGAAGGUGACGAUGAUGAUGAUGAUGACAGUGGUGAGUAUGACAAUUCUGGUAGUGGUGAUGAAGAUUAUGAUGAUGAUCGAGAUGAUAUAGUGAUGGACAUGGAAGAUGGAAAUCAUGAUGAAGAAUUGGGGAUCAGAGAAGAAGCUUUAAGUGCUGAAGAGACUGAGAAGUACUGGGAUGAAAAGUUUAAUAAGGCACUUGGAAGCUCUGAAGAAAUGGAAAGUUUAGUGAAGCAAAGUGUAGAGGCCUCUACCGCAUUCUAUAAGAGGCAACUGAAAACAAUGGAAAAUGAGGCUAAAGAGAUGAGUGGGAAAGAGGGAGGUGAGAAUGUGAGGCUGGGUAGGGCAAAGGUGAGUGAGGAAGAGUGGAAGUAUGUGGGUUAUGGCCCUAGGAGAAGGAGGAUCAAGAAGAGCACGAUGCCUCCUGAACUAUUCUUGCGAGCUGCUGUUCGGCCCUUUACAUACAGGAAUCUAGUUAAGGAGAUUGUUUUGACAAGACAUGCAAUUAUAGAAGGUGAAAUUGGCAGGAAAGAUUGAGGCAUUUGCUUUUGCAGAAGUAUGUUCAGUUGUUCACCCAUGAUUGCUAUUGAGCAAAGAUGCAAUAUAGCAUUCCCGAGCAACUUUUGAAAUGAGCUAUUAAUUAGUGACCAUAUUGUUUACUUCUAUUGGUCAAGAGAACCUUCAAAGCUGAUGCCAAUUUGUAGUUUGUAGGCUUGGUUGUAUCAAAUAUCAACUAUCAAGGUCAGAAAAGAAAGACACAAAAAGUUAAGUUUUUGGAGGAUAUCAAACAAUACAACAUUUGGGUUUAAUUUCUUAGGUUGUUUUGUUAAUCUACAUAAUUGAUCAAUUGAAUUUGCAGAUUGCCAUGUUGGAUUUAUGUGGUAGAAAGUAAAAACAAUCAGACACAAUCUGUUUCACAAACUGGUCUUCAUUUGCUUAUGAAAAGUAGGUCCCACUAGAUGAAUAAUCAAUGAGCAUAAGCUUCAGGCUUGAGAUAAAGUAAUAGAAGUAUAAAACAGAGGAAGAUUCCCUAUCUGUUUCAAUCAACAGUUUUCCCAUGUAGCACCUUGAAUGACAAGGUGAAAUGGUAACUCUUUGAACUCUCAAUUUGGAAAUUGCAGAAAUAGAGGAAAGAAUGUUGUUCAUUUUGUUUUCUUUCACCAUGGCAUGGAGAUGAGUUUUGUCUGCCUGAAUUUGUGGAUAUUUUAAUGUAUCAAUUCAAUUUCAUUAAAGUGUGUUUAGGCUAGAAUGCAAAAGAGAAGAUGGAGGACAAAAGAAAGCAGGCAAACAAUAUGGUUGAAAAGACCAGCAAGUUGAAUUUUGGUAUAGAGUAUAGACAUUGUCAUUGAGAGUCAAA